AUGGGUUCAAUCUCCCAUUUGCCCGCCUACGGCUAUAGGCUGCUUCCCGUUGUAAUCGACGAGAUAGCACGGGACGGACCUGAUCGCGUGCUUUUCUACACUCCCCGCAACGGUCAACCUUCGCAAGGAUAUGAUGAAGUCAACACCAAGAUCUUUGCCAACUCCAUUAACCGGCUUUGCGGGUGGCUCGACUCCCAACUUGGAUCGCCAGCGGGGCCCAGGACAAUUGCGUACAUUGGUCAAAAUGACCUGAGAUACUUCAUCAUGAUGAUUGCUUCCACAAAGCUGGGACAUAGAUCUGGCUGUGAGUUCUGGAUCGCCUCAUCUGGCUUGGAUCACCAUGAAUUCCUGCAAGACCUCCAGAUUCCAAGUGUUGAAGCCCCUGAAUUACCCCAGCUCCUAGAUCCAACACCCGUCAAGCCCUAUGUCUACCAGAAAUCCUGGAAUGAAGGAAAGUCGGACGUGCUGGCACUGCUUCACACCUCCGGCUCUACUGGCCUGCCUAAACUGGUGCCAGUGUAUCUCGAGACUGCUGCUACUGUUGAUGGCUUCCACUUGAUGGAGCCUACGAAUGGGAAGAGGCCGACUGGUGUUGAAUGGACUGGCACGAGACAGUUGUGCGCUAUGCCCCUCUUCCACGUUGCUGGAAUCUGCCUUGGUCUGUACUCAGCCGUCUUCUUCAACUGGACCGUUGUUCUCCCGUCUGUAGGACCGAUCAUGCAGCACGUUAUAGAAGACGCGCUUGACCACAUCUCACUCGACUCAGCGUUUAUCUCACCUAGUGUCCUACAGGAUAUCUCCAAGUCACCCCGCGUGCUCGAGAAGCUCUCCAAGCUCAAGUUCAUCACAUCAGCUGGAGGACCUAUUCCUCAGUCCGUUGGCGACUUGAUCCACCCGCGUGUACCCAUCAUGCAAACCAUGGGCAUGACAGAGGGCCAGUGGCUUGCAUCUGUCGUCACGCACCCAGAUGAGUGGGCUUAUUACUACUUCCAUCCAAGAACAGGUGUCGAGAUGCGUCCUUACUCCAAAGACCUGUCUGAGCUGGUAUUUGUCCAGAACCCCAAGCUUUCAGCUACUCAACCUGUUUUCAAGACGUUUCCUGAGCUUGAUAUCUGGGAGACGAAGGACUUGUACUCACGACAUCCAAAGCAUCCUAAUCUCUGGAAGUACGAGAUGCGACGUGAUGAUCUGAUCAUCCUCUCCAACGGAGAGAAAUUCAACCCCCUUGCUGCUGAAGGAAAGCUUAUCAGCCACCCAUGGAUUGCUGCCGCUUACCUCACUGGCCGUGGCCGUUUCCAGACAGCUGCCCUCCUAUACCCGGACGAGAACAGCCUCGACAAGUCAGACGACAUCAUCACCGACAACGUCUGGCCAACGUUUGAAGAAGUUAACAAGUCUCUUCCAGCGUUCGCUCAGAUCCACCGUGAUUUUGUCAAGAUCGUUCGAACUCCGUUUCCUCGUACUCCAAAGGGAACUCUCGCUCGCAAUGAGACAGAAAAAGCAUUCACUGUCGACAUCAGCGCAAUCUACGACAGGUCUACUCAUGGUAAGCCUUCUGUUCACAUCAACGGAACAACGGAAGAUAUAGUCCGUUCUGGCAUUCGAGAGGCAAUUGAGACCGUGUCCGGUUUGGUUGACCUCAAGGACGAUGACAACAUCUUCACCAGAGGUUUCGACUCACUUCAUGUCAUCCGACUAGCCGGACUUCUCAGUUCUGCCUUCGAUCAGCCACUUGAAGUAGAGGCGGGUACUAUCUAUACCAACCCAACCAUCUCUCAGCUCGCCCAUACGGUUUGGUCUCAUCUUGAACAUGGCCCUCAGGACAAGGUUCAUCACAGCGAAGUUACUCGGGAGAUGCUUGCCAAGUACGCUCAGGCUUUCGAACCACCUCGCGAGGCGAAGGAGCAUAUUGUUCUCACCGGCACAACUGGAGAGAUUGGUUCGUAUCUGCUUGAUGUUCUUUGUAACAACGACAAGGUUGCCAAGGUUUGGUGCUUGAACCGCAGCGCCGACGCCUUCCAACGUCAAACAGACUCGGCCAAGUCCAAGGGCCUUUCAUCAAACUGGCAAAGCAAGACCAAGUUCGUUCGUUACGACGUGGCCUCAGAUAACCUUGGGUUGAGUGAGGCUGAUCUUGAAGAGAUCAAGAAUGAAGCCACUGCUAUCAUACAUAACGCUUGGGAGGUCAACUUCAACCUUCCUCUCUCUUCCUUCGAGCCCCAGUUCAUCGGUCUCAAGAGUCUGGUCGAUGUCUGCCGAGAGGCUCGUCACAAGAUCCGCUUCUUCUUCGUGUCGUCUAUCAGCGCUGCUAUGCACUGGCCGUCUGACCUCUUAGGCCCUGUACCAGAAGCAAGCAUUCCCCGAUUCGAUGCACCGAUCAACGGCUAUGGUUCAUCUAAGCUUGUAGCUGAGCAUCUCCUCAGCAAGGCCGCGCGAUCUGGUGUAUUGAGCCUCUCUGUUCUACGAGUUGGCCAAGUCGCUGGUCCGGUUAAGACUCUUGGCGAAGGUAGUAUUUGGACUCGACGAGAUUGGGUUCCAGCUAUCAUCGAUGCUUCAGCGCAUCUGCGAGCUCUGCCACUAGAUCUUGGUUCUGCCAGCAUUUUGGACUGGAUCCCCAUUGAUCUCCUAACCGAAGUCAUUGGACAACUCGUCGUCCCCGUGAACUCAGUCGUAGGACAGGAAAAUUACUACAAUCUACUUAACCCCCGAACACCCAGCUGGAUAGACAGCUUGCCUGGUCUCAAAGCUCGUCUCGAGGCUUCUUUUUCAGAGACGUUUGAGAUCAUUCCGCUAAAAGAAUGGAUCGGCCGUUUGCGAGGUGCUGAGAAGACCAUCGUGAAGGAGGUCAGUGAAGGAUCAUCCGAGACUGCGAGGAGGGCUCAAAGUGGUCUCAAGUUGUUGGCCUUCUUUGAGAUGCUGGCCUCUGGAAAAGAGGGAUCUCGGGGUCUUGAAUGGGCCAAGGCAAACACGUUGGCACAGAGUUCUUUCUUGGCCUGCAUGGAGCCUGUAUCAUCAGCUUGGUUUGACACUUGGUUGAAACAAUGGGGAUAUUGAGUUUAGCUUUAUGUCAGUCAUUUAGAUGAAUAAAUUGUUCCUUAUCAAUAUGUCAUUUAUUAAAUCUUUUGAUGGCACGUUGAGAAAUAUUAAUAUUACGUGUCUGCCUACUUGUGAAUAAUAUCUAUCUAUCUUGAAUCAACGACAUCUACAAUGACAUAAUACUAUUACAAAAGAAAGAUACGAAAACACUGUCAGACAGUAUCAUGAUCGACAUGUCAGCACUUGGCCAUUCUCGUUCGGGACCCGUCGCCGCGAUCCUUCAAAC